GCGACAUCUCUGGGUUUCGAGUUUCAUUCUUAGGUAUUUAAGGAAGAAACUUUCUUAGAAUCGAAUUUGGCAUCGAUAUAGCUGCACACCGCUUUUAAGAAGCCGGCAGUUUUUGGAUACAGUUUAUGGUUUGAUUUCAAGUUCCCAGGAACCGUUCUUUUCGUCCUUCAGAGAUGAAUUUCUCUGCCAACAGCACUACAAAUAGCACCGGUUUGGGCCCAAAUUGUGAAGUAUACACGAUGACCACUUUUUCAAAAGUUAGCGAAACGAUUGGGUACUUGUUGGUCCUGAUAUUUGGCGUCAUAGGAAACACCCUCGUGGUUGCAAUCGUCUAUAGGAACAGAUCAAUGAGGACACCCGCAAAUUAUUUUAUUGCUAACAUGGCUAUCGCCGACUUAAUGGUGCCCAUAUUUCUAGUCCCGAAAACCCUGGCACACGUUUACCAUGGCAGGAACGCGUGGCUGAUAGGCGGGACGUUUGGAGAGUUUCUCUGUAAAUUUGUUCCAUUUAUUUACGAUGUUUGUCUUAUGGUGUCCAUCCACAGUCUUGUGCUUGUAGCAGUCGAGCGAUUUUACGCUGUUAUGCGCCCUCUGCGAGCAGCAAUCAGAAGCACUCGAAGAUGUAUCGUGAUAAUUGUUUCCAUCUGGCUUCUUGCAAUGCUUUUUCACGGCUUUUAUUUCUACGUCCAUAGACUCUUCUAUCUGGGGAAAAAAGCAUUUUGCUACAUCACGUGGGAGCCGCUCGACUACAGGCAAACAGUUGAGAAGAUUCACAUUGCUAUUAUGAUCCUCUUCUACGCCUUCCCUCUCCUCUCAAUAACUACCCUCUACUGUGUAAUCAUCCUCAAACUUAAACGACAACGAAUUCCCGGAACAAGAUACGGACACAUGAUUAUAAACCGACAGAAGCGAGUCGUCAACACGUUUCGAAUGGUAAUGACGGUGGUUUUGGCGUUUUUCAUUUGUUGGACGCCAUCAAUAGUUUUUACAUUACUAUGCUUCCAUCACUGGGAUUGGGAAGUGCCUUGUGACAUACUCUUCCACGCUCAGCUAGUCGUGUACAUGAUGGCUUUCUCGAACAACGCCAUCACCCCGUAUAUCUACUUCGUCUUUAACGAGAAUUACAAAAACGGUCUCAAAGCCUUGCUACCCUGGUACGAGAAAGCUCGGACAGUUGGUUAUCCAAGAGGACAUCUAAGCCAUAGUACUAAUUCAAGCCUAAGAUCCACCAUCAUGACAACAAGAAUUAGCUUCAAGAAUAGUGUGGAACAGAUAGCUGAACCCUCUCUUAUGGAACAGCCGUCAAGAAUCGAACCUCUUUCCUUGGACCAGAAAACUUGAGCGGAGUCGCGAAAAAUACGUGGUCAAGAAUUUGGCGCAAGCUUCCUCGUCUGCAUGGUGAAAAAUAACGCCAAACUUUGGGCCAAAGCAAAGAUGUUUUUAACAUAACUAAGACUGAAACAAUCCUACUCUGAUAGAUUUCUCGGCUACAGACUACAGCCCUUGAAAAGCAGAGAACUUUCACGGCGCAACUGACGAAAAGACCAUGGAGCAAGCUUCCUCGUCUGCAUGGUGAAAGACACUUCCAACCUUUUGGCCUUAGCACAGAUGUUUAUAACAUAAACUGAGAGUGAAAAAAUCCUUUCUGGAUAGAUUUCUACAGACUAUAGCCCUCGAAAAGCAGAGAACUCUCACGCAACUGACGAAAAGCGACCAAGUUUUAGAAACAUGUAAAAAAAGGCGUUUGACAAUAGCUUGUUAAAGUUUCUUCUUUAGAUCCUUGCCAGGCUCUGGUCCUAUAGCUAGGGAUUUGGUAGGCAUAUAGUAUUCACUAGUAAGUAUAGUGUAAAAAUAAGUAUUUCAACCGAACAGGAGAGAUAAUAUAUCGAGUAGGCUUAACAAAGAUCCAAUACGGAGUAUUCUUUCUAUCCGACUCUUAUUUUUCAUGAGAUCCUUGAAAACCUGUUUUAACUAUAUUUUGAAAUUUGAGCGCAAUAUUAGGAAGUUUUCCAGAAGGUUCAUUAUAUUACUCCGAAGUCGUUAGGGUCUUCAAGGGAAUUAUAAGGAUAUGGUUUUAUAAAGAUAGGAUGUUAGUAAUCCACGGGCAAAUUAAACGAUGCACCAUCUGUCGACGUAUCUAGCCUUGUUGACUGGAAGAACAGUACGCUUGAGAUGCCCUUGGCUGUUCGACUGAAAAGUUGGUCUUGUAACUACGGAUACGAGUAAUAUUUCAGUUUCAUUGCGUUUCAUAUGACUGACUAGGCGCCUGACUGCGAGGAAAGUCCAAAACCAUACUGAUUGGAGUAAAGGGAUCGCUGGGAAUGAUUGUCUAUUCCCGCAUGAGAGCGAUAGGCUUAAGAUACGAAGAAGAACAGGUCAAGAAGAAGAUGACGAUGAUGUCGAAGAAGAAAAGAAGCAUAAAAACAUGGCUGCUUCUCUAGUUAGUUAGCUAAAACAAAUUAUCAUCAAGUUCCUGUUGAGAAUCAAGAGUUCCUAUUUGCUUAUUAUCAACAUGUAGUAAUUGUGGAUUAUUUGUGUCGGAGGAGGUUGAAACUGUGGAUGUUUGCCGCCUCGGGGAAAGAUACUGAGUGAUGUUUGGAUUGCAUUCCAUGGUUAUCGCACGCAUAUUGAAUUGUUAUUCUAAUUGUUCAAACUGCAAACACGGAGACAGGGAAGAUGAUAAAACGACCACCCGACUUGCGGUUAUGCUAUACUAAUUGAGAAAGAACAAUAAUGAGUUCUACAGAGUUAAAUAAAUAGACAGAACAAAAUACAACAGGAAGGUAAUUCCAUAGAAUUAGAAGCAAUGAAAAUAAAAAUGAAUGUUUGG